AUGGAGGACCCUGCGAAGAAGCUGAACCAGAAGAGUGACGGCAAACCCCGGAAAGUACGAUUUAAAAUCUCUUCCUCCUACAGUGGCCGGGUGUUGAAGCAGGUCUUUGAGGAUGGGCAGGAAUUAGAGUCGCCAAAGGAGGAGUACCCUCACAGUUUCCUCCAAGAGUCCCUUGAACCAAUGGAUGGUGUUUAUGGGUCUGGGGAAGCCCCCAAACCCCGGUCGUACUCCCCUAAGCUGACUGCUCAGAGGAUCAGCGUGUUUCGAGAGGGUAGUGCCUACACCUUGGCGAGCAGCCAGCCCUUCUUCAAUGAUUACAAGGCGAAUGACCGUAAGUCCCCACCUAUUAUAGAUUUUGGAAAGAUAAUCAUCUACACGAAUAACCUGAAAAUCAUUCGAACUCCAAUGGACAAGAGAGAUUUCAUGAGGAAAAUGCUCCAGAAGGAAGAGGAGGCUGAGGAAGAGUCUCUGAUGAGCAAAGAAGAAAUCUAUGGAGACCAGAACGAUGGGCCUUUGGCAGAGACGGGAGGCACCUUCCCCCAUAACCAGUACCCACAGGAAGGGGAACUUCCCGAGGACAACUGUUUUCACUGCCGAGGAUCGGGCAGUGCCACCUGCUCUCUGUGCCAUGGCAGCAAGUUCUCGAUGCUGGCCAACAGAUUUAAGGAGUCCUAUCGGGCCCUGCGGUGCCCUGCCUGCAAUGAGAAUGGCCUGCAGCCUUGCCAGAUUUGCAAUCAAUAGCCCGUGGCUUUGUAUGUCCGCUUUUAUCGCAUCCUCCCUAAAGCUAUUUGUAAUCAACUGCCCCUCCUCCACCUUCUCCUCCCUCUCCCAGCAAGGAAGCCACCGUGGCCGCGAUCACUUCCACCACUGGCACAACUCAGUUACUCGAUGAUAUUUCGUGAGGCUGGUAACAUCUCCAUGUGGGUCUAAGUGGCAGAGGCAUUUUUGAAUUAGAAUCUGCUUUGAAACUGGUCCUCAAAUGAUCCUUCCAGGACCGUGUGCACGUAUCUCACUUGACUUAGCUCAGGUUUCUCCUUGCACAAGUGAACAAAUAAAUGUACAAUUCAGGCAGCAGGCUGAAGUCAUUUCCCGGUUGGGAGUUAUUUGAAAAAUUAUGCAGAGAGAAAGGAAUAAAAAAAGUCAGGUUUCUGAUGAACUGCCUUCUUGUUGCUUAUAAUGCAUUUCACACAGUUAUUGGUCAAAUUGCAUUUUUAAUUAAGCAGAGGAGGAAAGGGAGGCCCGAUGUUGAAUGCACUAGCAGGCCGCUGAAAACAAAACAAGAUGUGUUUGCUUCUUGCUGAAGAGAGGCGAGCUGAGGAGCCCCUUUUUUUCAAAGUCCUGAGUCUCUCCUGUGUGAUGUGCUUGGGUAAUAUGCAUGCAGGCAAUGAGCAAUGCUACUUCUUAGGACAAGAUGAGAUAAGACAUUUCUGUGUGCCUCUACACAACUGAGGUUAUAAGCCAAGUCAAAGCUAUUUACGAUAAAUUUGGUGCUUAAGUAUAUGGGUGUGUGUGAUAACGACUUCUUCCAGCCCCCAAAUUAUUACCAAAUGAAUGCAUUUAUUUUAAGGCUAAGGUAUAGCCAUGAUCUCUUCAUAAAAGACUGUGGGUAUUUUAUAGGUAUCUAUUGGAAACUUCUAAAAAAAAAACUCACCAAGGCUGAUAUUUAGUAAUUAUGUUUCUACUGUCUAUGAAUAUGCAUACUAAGGAUAAUUUUUCCUCUUAAAGUUGGUUGUAAAAUUAGAAAAAUACGUUUGUUAAAUGAACUUUUGCAGCUCUAACAGCCAUUCCCCUUCCCCCUUGAGAAUAACACUGUAAAAUCUGUUAUCUAUUUAUACGCAUUGCUUUUCUAUGGUAAUUAUUUUGAUUUUCGUAACUUAAUUUUUUCAAGAUUUGUUUGUUAUUCUCUAAUAUUCAGCUGUUAAUAUAAUUCAACAGUGGAGUGAUCUU